AUGAAAAAAGUUGUUUAUGAUACACAAUGUCCAGCUGAAUUUGAACAACACUGGAGUGACAUGUUGCAAAAUUAUGAGAGCUUGAAACAUAAUAAAUGGUUGAAUAAAUUAUACGAGGAGAAACAUCGAUGGGUGCCUUGUUUUGUGAAGACCACUUUUUGGGAUGGGAUGUCGACUACACAACGAUCCGAGAGUAUGAAUGCAUUUUUUGACGGGUAUGUUCAUUCAAGAACGUCUUUGAAGCAAUUCGUUGAAAAAUUUGAUAAUGCACUGGGAUACAAAAUGGAAAAGGAGCUUAAAGCAGAUGCUAGAUCGUUUUCAACAAUUAUUCCAACCUCAACUUCGUAUAAUGUGGAGAAACAAAUUCAAAGAUUAUACACUCAUGCGAAGUUUAAAGAGUUUCGUAAUCAGUUGAUACGGAAAAUGUAUUGCGAGAUAAUUGGUAGUCAAGAUGAAAUCAAAGAUGGAGUCAUGGUUCAAACUUAUGACAUACAAGAAGAAAUUUACUAUCAAAAACCGCAAGAGGAUAAAGAAGAAGUUGAUGAUGAUGAUGAAUUGGUUGCAUCAAAUGAAGACAUUACUUCACUAGAUAUGGAACAUACUGCACCAAUUGAAGAAUCUGAAUCCAAAUCUGAACCCGAACUUGAUCCUGAUAUUGAUUGGUCGAUGAAAAAGAUUAUCUUUAAGAUAUGGUUUCAGAAAAAUGAAUGCAAAGUCGAGUGUAGUUGUCAUAGAUUUGUAUUUCGUGGAAUACUUUGCACGCAUGCGAUAUGUGUGUUACUUCGUAAUGAUGUUUUACUAAUCCCAGACAAUUACAUAUUAAGAAGAUGGAGAAAAGAUGUGAAGUUGUUACACACAAAGGUGCCAAUAAAUUCCGAUAGUUGGCAUUUGACUCCAGCAGAAAAACGUUACAAGAAGCUAUGUGAUUAUUUUGCAGAACUUGCAGAUGUAGCUUCAAAGGAUAGUGAUAAGUGCAGUAAUAUCAAGAAAUGGAUACGUGAACAAUUGAGAGAAACAGUGGAAAAAGGAUCUGGUAUUGAAGCAGAAAUAAACAACUCUGGUCAAGAGAAUGAAGCUAUAAAAGUAAGUAAUCCUCCUCAAGCAAAUACAAAAGGUAGGCCUUGUACUAACCGUUUGAAGCCUAAGCAAUACAAAAGAAAAGCGAAAAAAGAAAACGUCAAUACCAAUGAACAAAUACCGAGUCAACAAAGCUUGGUAAGUAAUAUUCAGCCAUCGAAGAAAAGAAAAACGAGUAGUAAGAAAGAAAACAUCACGACCACUAAAGAAAUCCUGACUCAACAAAACACGGAGGGUGCAUUUCAGUCAUUGGGAGGAGCUGAAAUCAAUAAUCUUAAUAGGGGAUAG